AUGGCUGAAAAUGGUUCAUCAACACGUGAAUUAAAUAAACGACAUCGAAGUACUAGUAAAGAAAGGGAACAUCGUCAUCAUCGAUCACAUCGUGAUGGAAAUGAAAAAAAGCAUCGACAUUCAUCACCUAAAAGAUCAUCAAAAUCACCUGAACCAAAACGUCGACAACCUGAUGAAAUUACUAAAGUUAAAAGAUCCAAUCAUGAUGAUAAAGAAGAUGAAAAAACUGUAGGCAAUGGAACAACAACAAAUAAUGAUGAAAUUAAUAAUAGAAAUAUUAAAACAAAGCAAGUUCCACUUUCAUUGGAAGAAAUGGUUGAAAGAAAUAAAAAAGAACAAGAAGCAAUUUCAAAGCCGAAAUUUUUAACAAAACAAGAACGUGAAGCUGAAGCAUUACGACGUAGACAAGAAGAAGCUGAUUCUAUUCGUAAACGCAAUGAUGAAUUACGUAAGAAACAUGCUGAAUUUAGUAAAGAAGGUGAACAAGCAGCAAUUAAAGAUGAUCGAGAACGUGAACGACGUGAACGUGAACGCAAUCGUCAUCGAAAUGAUAAAGAAGAAGAAAAAGAACAACCAAAUGCCGAUGGAGAACGUGAAGAAGCAGCUGUUAAAGAACGAUAUCUUGGCAUUACUAAGAAAAAACGUAAAAUUCGUCGUUUAAAUGAUAAAAAAUUCGUAUUUGAUUGGGAUGCUGGUGAAGAUACUGCUGUUGAUUAUAAUCCAAUUUAUAAAGAAAAACAUGAAAUACAAUUUUUUGGUCGUGGUCAUAUAGCCGGUAUUGAUAUUAAUAAACAAAAGAAAGAUCAAUCAAAAUUUUAUGAAGGUCUUCUUGAAGAACGUCGUACACCAGGAGAAAAAAAUCGAGAAACAGCUCGUUUAAAAUCUGAUCAAGAUAAAGAUGAAAAACGUCGUCAUGAUGAACGUCAUUGGUCUGAUAAAACUUUAGAAGAAAUGGCUGAUCGUGAUUGGCGUAUAUUUAAAGAAGAUUAUUGUAUAACAACAAGAGGUGGAAAUAUUCCACAUCCAUUAAGAUCAUGGGAAGAAGGUAAUCUUGAAAAAGGUAUUCUCGAUGUUAUUAAACUUGCUGGCUAUAAAGAACCAUCACCCAUUCAACGGCAAGCAAUUCCAAUUGGUUUACAAAAUCGUGAUGUUAUAGGUAUUGCCGAAACUGGUUCUGGUAAAACAGCAGCAUUUCUUAUUCCUUUACUUGCUUGGAUUCGAUCAUUACCAAAAGUUGAAAGAUCGAUUGAUGCUGAUAAUGGACCAUAUGCACUUAUAUUAGCACCAGCUCGUGAAUUAGCACAACAAAUUGAAGAAGAAGCAGUUAAAUUUGGUAAACCAUUAGAUAUUAGUGUUGUUUCACUUAUUGGUGGUUUAUCUCGUGAAGAACAAGGUUUUAAACUUCGUCUUGGUUGUCAUAUUGUUAUAGGUACACCUGGUCGUCUUUUAGAUGUACUUGAAAAUCGUUAUUUAACAUUACAACAAUGUAGUUAUGUUAUUAUGGAUGAAGCUGAUCGAAUGAUAGAUAUGGGUUUUGAAGGUGAUGUUAAAAAGAUUCUUGAAUAUUUACCUGUUACAAAUCAAAAACCUGAUAAUGAACUUGCUGAAAUUUCAAAAAAUUUUUAUUCAAAAGAUAAAUAUCGUCAAACAGUCAUGUUUACAGCUACAAUGACACCAGCUAUUGAACGUUUAGCUCGAACAUAUCUUCGUCGUCCAGCAUCGGUUUAUAUUGGUGCAGUUGGUAAACCAACUCAACGUGUAGAACAAGUUGUUAUUAUGUGUUCAGAAAAUGAAAAACGUAAUAAAUUAAUUCAAAUUCUUGAACGUGGUAUUGAACCACCAAUUAUGAUAUUCGUUAAUCAAAAGAAAGCUGUCGAUGUUUUGGCUAGAGGUUUAACUAAAAAAGGUUAUAAUCCAUGUUCAUUACAUGGUGGUAAAGGUCAAGAAAGUCGUGAAUUAGCUUUAGCACAAUUAAAACAAGGUCAAAAAGAUAUUCUUGUUGCAACAGAUGUUGCUGGUCGUGGUCUUGAUAUUAAAGAUGUUUCACUUGUAAUAAAUUAUGAUAUGGCCAAGACAAUUCAAGAUUAUACACAUCGUAUUGGUCGAACAGGUCGUCAAGGAAAAGCAGGCAAAGCAAUAACAUUCUUAACCAAAGAAGAUGCAGCUGUAUUUUAUGAAUUAAAAGAAGUUAUACUUGAAUCUCCUGUAUCACAAUGUCCACAAGAAUUACUUAAUCAUCCUGAUGCACAACAUAAACCUGGAACUGUAGUUACUAAACGUAACAAAACUGCUAUUCUUUGUACUUAG